AUGUGUCUGUACUGGAAGAAGAUGCAUACGUGCGGCCACGCCUCUGACCGUCCGUACAUCGAAAUGUGUCGUCCAGGCUUCCUCUCCAACACAGUGUGCCUCGACAUCAAGGAAGACGACACAUACCGUCCUUCUCACUUCCCUUGCUAUCCCUGCAUCAAGCUCGAGGCACGCGCCGAGGUCGAGGAACAAGCCCGCGUGGAACAAGACGCCAUCACCAAAGCCUACCAAGCUCGCGAGUGCGCUGUCAAGGAGAAACAGGCUGCCGAACUGAGGGCCAAGGAAGAGCGCGUCCGACGCGAGGCUCGCGAGAAGGCAGCCCGAGAGCGAGAGGCGGAGCAGCGAGCCAAGCGGGAAAAAGAAGAAGAGGAGUCGAGGAUCAAGAAAGAGGGUGGUGCAUGGAUUGAGACUUCGGGCAGCAGAAAGCUCAAAGCCAGGAAGACUGCUAGGGGCAGCUUCGGCACUAGCAGUCCUACGAGACCAUUGACCCUCUUGUCUGUCACCAAGAUGGCCACGGGACCCAAGAACAUCAAGGAAAACAGCAUUUUCAACAGCGAAGGUGGCGACAAGAUGAGUCCCAGGAAGACUGAGAUGGAUGGCGGCGGUAGAGCGGGUAUCUGGGGUCCCAAGAAGAUCUUGACGAGGCAGGAGAAUGGCUUUGGAACUGACUCUACUACGAAGAAGUGA